GCAACGGUUGCACUGCCAGCGCCUAACAGCACGCCGCCUUUGAGCGAACGACCAAGAUACUGCCCGAAGAUGACGAAACACCACGCGGCUGAAAAGCGACCCCAGAGUACCAUCAUCCCAUCGACCCUUGAAGACACUCUGAUCGAACCCCUCGAGAGCCUCGAUUUCCUUCUGCUAUUGAAACAGCACCCUGUCGCUCGAUUCUACCGUAUCUGAACGACAUCCCUCGCCCACCGUCGAAGCCGUUGACUCCGUCCUAUCAAGCCCGACCUGCAUGAACCUCCGCCCAAUUCCGGCCGACGACCUAACCACCAUCGACCACCUCUCCAUCGGCGAAGGUCAACCACAACAACAAUCAUUCACAUCGAGAUUGAAAGCGGAAAUACAUAAAAUACACAGGAGCAAGCUUCAUCAUGCCUCCUCCACCUCCGCCGCCACCGCCGAUGCCUGCGAUGGGCGGUCCUCCCCCGCCCCCUCCGCCGCCAGGAGGUCCUCCUGGAGCUGGCAAUCUGCCUGCGAGACCCCCAGGAGGUAGAGGCGCUCUCCUCUCCGAUAUCACAAAAGGCAAGGCUCUCAAGAAAGCCGUUACGAACGACAGAUCCGCGCCGGUCGUUGGCGGUUCGUCUGGCGGCGGUACCUCCGGAGGACCGCCUCCAGGAGGUGCACCACCUGUCCCUAGCUUUGGCGGUGCUCCUAAACCUCCCGGCGGCCUCGCCCCUCCAGUGCCCGGAAAUCGAGCUAGAAGCAACAGCGACCAGAGCGGGCGAGAAAGCGCGCCUGCACCGCCCUCGCAGGCGGCACCACAACUAGGGGGACUCUUUGCGGGAGGUAUGCCGAAGCUGCGGAAGACUCGUGGCGCCGUUGAUACUGGUGCUUCUAUGGACUCGUCGUAUCUGUCGGAUCCCGAGAGCAACGUUCGGUCGUCUUCUGCGCCGAAGCCACCAACGUUCGGAGCACCAAAACCUCCUGGCGGUGCGGCGCCGGCCCCACCGGGAAGGCCGCCUCUACCACCUCCUAACGCCGCGCCGGCCCUACCACCAUCCAUUGCCAACUUGCGCAAGACACCCAGCGACCUACCCAGGCCAGGCUCGUCAGCAUCGAUGAAGGGGCCUCCACCUCCUAUUGGCAAGAAGCCGCCGCCACUACCAGCAUCCCGGAAGCCCUCUACUACGCCCAACCACCCUCCUCCGUUACCUGGAUCACCUGCUCCAGGAGCACCCCCUCCACCACCUCCAUCGUCUGCGCCAGCACUUCCGUCCGCACCCCCCUCAGCGCCGCCACCACCCCCUGCUGCUGCUGCUCCCAGAGCUCCAGCACCAUCGCCUCCGUCGAGGUCCCCAGCGCCUCCACCUCCUCUACCGGCCUCAAACGGACCUUCGCCGCUGGCAAUGCAAGCCGCCUUACGAGCAGCUGGGCAAGCAUCUCCAAGUGCUGCUCCCCCGCCUCCCCCAUCAGCGGCUCCCUCGCCCCCCGCCUCUGCACCUCCCCCACCAGCAGCACCCUCUACGAGGGCCCGUGCUGGUUCUGGUCUGCGAUCUUCUAUGCUAGAUCCAAGCGCCUUCACUCUUGCUCCCAAUGGUGCAAAAAGCCCAAGCCCUACUCGAACGAACACGAUGAGCAGUCUUAAUGUCGGCGGUGGGGGUCAACGAUACAUCGUACAAGAUCCUCGAUGGAAGUUCCAGGAUGAUGCUAUGUUACCAAAGCCAAGGGACUUUGUAGGCGGUCCCAGACGAUACAGAGCUGGCAGAGGCAGCAGUGUCCCUCUCGAUCUGAGCGCCCUGUAAGAACCGGACUAGACACGGACUAUUCCGCAGCCUGAUCGGCAUCAAGCUCUAUCAAAGUUUGAGUCUAGAGUGACGGACGGCCUCGGGCAAUCUACAUGAAUCAAACGAUCCGCACUACUAUGGUUCCCGGUGGAAACGCGCCCCUUGUUGCUACGUACAAGUCUUCCGGAUGAGAGCCCAAAUGAAAGACGGAGACGAAUGCUAUUUCGACGCCUUCUGCCGGUGAGCUAUUGUUAGUCACCAAGUUGAGGAUAUUCUAGAGGAUUCGGACUCCGUGAGAUCCUGACACAACGGGACAAGCAUUCGCAAUACAUCCUGAAGGCGUUGUCGUAUCGGGACUUCUUGGCCCCGUUGCCUUGGCGAAACGAUCGACUGAGACAAAUCUAGAUCUCUCGGAUGUACUCGUCUUGGGAAUCUCUUGGUACUCUUGGUACUCUUG